CAUUCGAGGAAGGCGUCCUUUGUGAUUCAGAGGAUUUCAUAUCGUUAUACUGGGAACUGGACAGCUGACGGGGAUUUACAAGAAGGCUCUCCACUCACCUACCAUCUCCCUGAGCCUGUUUCCCUUGCCGGUGUCAUCAUGGCGGGUCGCGGGAUGACCUACGCCGUCUUCGCCCUCACGCUGCUGUGCGCGAGUCUCGGAGAAGAGACCGAAUGUCCGAGCCUAGAGAACACCCAUGCCGUGACGGGAGUGCUCAGAGCCAUGAACAAACUGCUGACGAUUCUGGCCAAAGAGGUGCGAGAACUUAGAUCCCAAGUGGUAAAGAGCUGCACGGCGAAGAACAGCGGGACCCUGGGUUGUGCAACGGAGGCCGGGCUGGCGGAGAGACCGGGAGGGGACGAAAAACCGCUUCUAAACAUGGAACAUCGCCUACCUGACGGCGAGGAUAAGGCUGCUGAAGGAGACACCGCAGCUGACGGAAAGGGCGACACAGCUGAAGGAGAAACCGCAGCCGCAACAACCACAGCUCAACCAGUGACUGUGGAGGCUACAACCAUCGCCACAACGACAACGACUUCAAAGUCACUGCCACCUGUCCAAAAACCGCUUCUAAACACGGAACAUCGCCUACCUGACGGCGGGGACGAGGCAGCUGAAGGAGACACCGCAGCUGACGGAAAGGGCGACACAGCUGAAGGAGAAACCGCAGCCGCAACAACCACAGCUCAACCAGUGACUGUGGAGGCUACAACCAUCGCCACAACGACAACGACUUCAGAGUCACUGCCACCUGUCCCCACCUGGUGCCCGCCCUCCUUCACCCUCGAGGCCGACGGCUGCUACAUCUUCAUCUACGACGAGCGCAACUGGAGGACGUGGGGCGACGCGCACGCCUUCUGCCAAACCUACGGCGGGGAGCUCGCGUCGCCGUACAGGCUGGCGCCGCUGCAGGCGUACCUCGACGCACAUUUCUCCGAGACCUUCUGGGUGGGAGCUCGCCUGCGGAACCGAAGGAAAUUCUUCUGGUUCAACAAAAGGAGGGUAGACGAGAAGGCCUGGAAGGAGGGCCAGCCGUCGAUACAUCCUAACAUGAAGUGCGUGUACCUGGAUAAGCGUUCGGGCUACCGGGCUACCAAUUUCUUCUGCGGGGAGAAACAUCCUUUCGUCUGUGACUACAGGGAAACUUAGGGAGAUGACGGAGGCAGAGAGGAUGGCGGUGCGAGAAAGGUAGAAAGUUAGAGGUUCUGUUGUAAGAGGCAGAUUCGCUCGUCAUUUGUUUUGUUAAUGUAAUGGGAUUUUUUGUUCUUUUUUAGUCAUUGAAAUCCAAAGUCAGGUAUGUCAAAUUUAUGAUAAUCUGAUAUAAUUUUAAUGGAACUGAAAUAUAAGUUUUUUUUUCUUAA